AUUCACAACCUCUCCAACACCUGGGGCACCUUCAGCUUCUGUAGAAGAACCACGAGAGUCACAAGAUGAAGACUGUGUUCCUGACUCUCCUGGGUCUGGUCUGUGCUGCCCAGGAACCUCCAACUGAACUAGAACCCUCACAGAUUACAGGAGACUGGCGCAGCAUUCUCACGGCCGCAGAUAACAAGGAGAAGAUUGAGCAAGGAGGCCCUCGGAAGGUAUACAUCCAUCGGCUUGAGUGUACUGACAAGUGUUCUUCGGUAGCUAUUAAAUUUUAUAUCAAGUUUCAAGAUGCAUGCUUAUUACUCAAUGCAGUUGCAGAGAGAGACGGGGAAGUCUAUCACACAGGAUAUAUGGGUGCAAAUUUUUUCAAACUGAUUCCUAUGUCAGACAACACAUUAGCAAUCUACGGUGAAAACGUGGAUGGUGUGAAGACUACAAAAGUGACUCAACUUCUCGCCAAAGGAGAUGGUGUCACUCAAGAAGAAAUUCAGCAGUAUGAGGAACUGAACAAAGAAAGGGGGAUUCCAACUGAAAAUACAGAAGAUCUCACUGAAACAGACGACUGUCCUCAGUAAUAUGUGACAGCCUCUUCUGGAACUGAACGAAAAAGAAUACUUGUAGCAUCACAGCACUAAUGUGUUACAAUCAGCCAGAUGAAGAUAAAAGAUAUUUUCCUUGAAAUCCUCAUUUCUUCUCUCACAGGAAGUCAUGAUCCUGGACACAUGGCUUUCCCUAUGAACCUCCUCUGCCCUUGCUGAUGUUACUGGAAUCUAAACUGAUCAAUAAAUUGAUUAAUGCAUGUA